UCACCUGCGCGCGCACCUCCGCGCCGCGGCCUUCACCAAUCGCACGCUAGUGAAUUACGAAUGUGUUCUGUUUAAAAUUUUAACGGCAUUAUGUUUUGCUACAGAAGUUUAUUUAUUUUUGGCAUAUUUUUAUGGAUUUCGUCGGUUUCGCCAAUUGCCGACAAUGAAAGUGAUGAUGAAGUACUACACUUGAUCGGCGAGCCAGACUUUCGCGACGUGCGGCUCCGAUGGGAGUACGGGCGAGUUGAAGAGGACCAGCCCAAACUCCUGGCCUUCCAGGUCAAUUACUGCGAACUGCAGGCCUGGGGCCAGUAUCGCUGCCGGACUAAGGUCGUCGAGAACAUAGAAGACGACAAAGCACGCACUACCGAAUCAUCGUCGACGCCGGCGCCGCGGCGCGGGCGCGCGUACAGCACGCGCGUCACGGGCCUGCGCAUGGCGACCACCUACUCGUUCGAGGUGCGCCCGGUCAGGCGCGACGCGCGCGACCUCGCCGACCCGCACUCCAUCGGAUCCAAAAUUAUCAUCGUGCCUACAAAAGGAUUUUCAGCCCGAGCGACUCAAUGCUUACCUCACGCCAGCGAGGUAGAAGUGUCUACCGGGCCGUACUUCGGCGGGCGCAUCGCCGUGGAAGCCGCGGACGGCGGCAGCGGAGCCGCCGAGCGCUGCUCGCUGCAGGGCAACCCCAACAGUGCCCAGGAUGCUUACAUCCUGCGGUUCCAUCAUGACGAGUGCGGCUCUGAGGUCAACGACACUACGGUCGCUACUUAUGUCAUCGUGCAAGAGAACCUCCCAAUACUUACGCACAGCACAAGACGUUUCCUGGUACUGUGCACAUACAAGCCAGAGACCCUGACCGUCCGCGCCGGCAUCAACCUGCCCAAGGCGAGCCCCGGCGACGUGCUGCUGCACACGAAGCCCCACCCGGGCUCCGUGGAGCCCUACGGCGACGAUUACAAUGAGCUGCAGCCACUUAGACUAGAAGCGAGGAAGGAGGGGGGACCAAGUGAGUACAUAAGGAGUAUGUUCGGCGAAGUAUCUCUGGUCAUGUUCUUGGUGGUAGCCGCAUUCGGCGGCAUCGGACUCCUGAUAUGGAAGAUGGUUCCGCGAUCAGACGGCGACGACGUGUCCAUCUCAACUGUGUCUACCUUGUCUCGCAGCAGCAUCUUCGGCAGGAGAAACAGAGACAGAUUCUCUGACGGCACAUCCAUUUACUCCAUCACUUUAUCAGAAAAAGACGACGAUUAUGUCAAGAAACCGUGCGAGGGCGAUAACACAUCUGAAGCUUAAGCUUGUGUUCGUUUUACAGCGUGUUUUGAUCUAGAUUGUAGCUAGGUAAUCAUACUUAGUUUUUAUUGUCUAACGGACAUUUGUGGGAAUACGAGAGACGGGACAAACGGUGCCGUUAGGUUUAAUCCUUCUCGGGACAGUUAGUGUUCUACCGCAGCAA